CAGCUUCCGUCGCCCUGGUCAUUACGUUUACUCUGCGCCGGAAGAGGAACCCGAGGGGCUGGUUAAGCACUAUGGCGGCGGUGGACAUCCGAGAUAAUCUGCUGGGAAUCUCUUGGGUUGACAGCUCUUGGAUCCCCAUUUUGAACAGUGGCAGUGUCCUGGAUUACUUUUCAGAAAGAAGUAACCCUUUCUAUGACAGAACGUGUAAUAAUGAAGUGGUCAAAAUGCAGAGACUGACAUUAGAACACUUAAAUCAGAUGGUUGGAGUUGAAUACAUUCUUUUACAUGCCCAAGAACCCAUUCUUUUUAUCAUUAGGAAGCAACAGCGGCAGUCCCCAUCUCAAGUUAUCCCGCUAGCUGAUUAUUAUAUCAUUGCUGGGGUUAUCUAUCAGGCACCAGACUUGGGAUCAGUUAUAAACUCCAGAGUGCUUACUGCAGUACAUGGCAUCCAGUCAGCUUUUGACGAAGCUAUGUCAUAUUGUCGAUACCAUCCUUCCAAAGGGUAUUGGUGGCACUUCAAAGAUCAUGAAGAGCAAGAUAAAGUCAAACCCAAAGCCAAAAGGAAAGAAGAACCAAGCUCUAUUUUUCAGAGACAACGUGUGGAUGCAUUGCUCGUAGACCUUAGACAAAAGUUUCCACCCAAAUUUGUGCAGCAAAAGUCUGGAGAAAAGCCUGUCCCAGUGGAUCAGUCAAAGAAAGAGGCAGAACCUGUAGCAGAAACUGUAAAAUCUGAGGAGAAGGAGACUACAAAGAAUGUCCAGCAGACAGUGAGCACUAAAGGCCCCCCUGAGAAACGGAUGAGACUUCAGUGAGUAUUGGACAAUAGAAGUUUGCAAGACUCCUUAUCUGUUAUACCUCAGUACUGUGGAAGGCUUUGAGCUUUAAGGUCCUUUUUACAACCCUGUCAUUCAUGUGGAACGGACUUGUUGUUUAAGAAAGAGUAUAUUCUCAUUUUGCUUUCUGUGUGAAUAUAUUUUUUCCCUUAAGACAAAAUAAAGGUAUUUGUAUAUAUAAUGCUUAUC